CCGCGACGACUGAUAACCCCCUCACUCAUUUCGAAGCAGAAACUCAUAUCCUGCCCCCCUUUUCAUCAAUAGAAACCCUAAUUCUGUUCCAUUCCAUUCAAUUGUUACGCGUCAUGAAGCUUCGUUCUCGCUCGUCUGAUCCUUCUGACAAAGGUAAGGGAAUUAUGGAUCUCUCAGACAAUGAAGACAACGGUCAUUUGUCUUCUGAGGACUCCGAUUACAACGAAUCUAGUUUUGAAGGUAUGGAAAAUGAAGAAGUGGUUCCAGAUUAUGUAACAGAUUCUGAAGAUGAUAAGCCAAAGAGAAGGAAAUCCGUUUCACGAAGGUGGAAGAGAAAAGCUCAGGAAAGUGUGGAACAAUCGGAUGAAGAAACGGUGGUUGAAGUUGAUAAUGUCAGUCUUGAAGAAGAAGAAGAUGUUGUUGAAGUUAAAAAAAGAACACACACAAAAAGGAAGAAGAAGACAAAACCAACAUUAUUAUGGGAAAUUUGGGAAGAAGAAACUGAGAACUGGCUUGACCAACAUAUGAAUGAGGAUAUUGAUUUAGAUAAUUUGAAUGAACUAGUGGCAGAAACUGUUGAGCCAUCACCUGAUUUGAUUAUGCCACUUUUAAGGUACCAAAAAGAAUGGUUAGCAUGGGGAUUGAAGCAAGAAGAAUCUCCUUCAAGAGGUGGGAUUCUUGCUGAUGAAAUGGGAAUGGGGAAAACUGUUCAAGCUAUUGCCCUUGUACUUGCUAAACGUGCACUUUGUCAUGAAUUCGGUCAACAAGUUGACUUUUCAAGUGAUUCUUCAUUGCCAUGUGUCAAAGCAACCCUUGUGAUAUGCCCAUUAAUUGCUGUCAUGCAAUGGGUCAAUGAAAUUGAUCGAUUCACUUCAAAAGGAAGCAAUAAGGUAUUGGUGUAUCACGGAGCCAAUAGAGCAAAAACAUUUUUUGAAUUUUCUGAAUAUGAUUUUAUCAUCACUACAUACUCCAUUGUAGAGGCUGAGUAUCGAAAAAACGUGAUGCCACCAAAAGACAGAUGCAAAUGGUGUGGAAAACUAUUUUACAAAAGGAAACUACAAAUUCACUUAAAAUACUUCUGUGGUCCUGAUGCUGUUAAAACCACAAAACAGUCAAAACAGAGCAAAAAGAAUGGAAAACUUGGGACAAAAUUGUCAUUGUCAAAGGAAGAUUUAUCAGAUGAUGAAGGUGAUUAUAAAAAGAAAAGCAACAAGAACAAAAAGCGCCAAAAGAAAGAGAAAUUUGAAACCUUGGUUCCUUCUGAAAGUCCCUCUUGUUCUGGAUAUAAAUCGGUUAUGAAAUCUAUCUUACACUCUGUUAAAUGGGAUCGCUUGAUUUUAGAUGAGGCUCAUUACAUAAAAGACAGACGUUGUAAUACAACCCGAGCUGUUUUUGCUUUAGAAUCUUCAUAUAAAUGGGCUUUAAGUGGGACCCCUCUUCAGAAUCGUGUUGGAGAACUCUACUCACUUGUUCGAUUCUUACAAAUAACUCCGUAUUCUUAUUACCUAUGUAAAGACUGUGAUUGUAAAGUGCUUGAUUAUAGUCCAAAUUCAACAUGCCCAAACUGCCCUCACAAAUCAGUGAGACACUUUUGUUGGUGGAAUAAAUAUGUUGCUAAUCCAAUUGCAAAUAGAGGGCGUAGUGAUGAUGGUAAAAGAGCCAUGAUUUUGUUGAAAGAUAAGGUUUUGAAAAGUAUAUUGUUAAGGCGUACUAAAAAGGGUAGAGCUGCAGAUCUUGCACUUCCUCCUAGAAUUAUUACACUGAGGCGUGACUACCUUGAUAUUACAGAGCAAGACUAUUACACUUCACUUUAUAGUGAAAGUCAAGCACAGUUUAAUACAUAUGUUGAAGCAGGAACAUUGAUGAACAACUAUGCUCAUAUUUUUGACCUUUUAACACGCUUGCGACAGGCUGUUGAUCAUCCUUAUCUUGUGGUGUACUCCAAGACUGCUGUUGCAAGGAGGGCAAAUGAGUCAAAACCCAUUGAUGAACAAGAUCAAGUUUGUGGUUUAUGUCAUGAUGUGGCAGAAGACCCUGUGGUGACAUCAUGUGAACAUGUGUUUUGUAAAUCAUGUCUGAUUGACUUUUGUGGAAGCUUUGGUCAACCAUCAUGUCCUUCAUGUUCAAAACCGCUUACAGUUGACUUCACUGCAAAAUCCGAUCAAGAAGAUCACAAAAAGGCUAAAACAACUUUAAAAGGAUUUAAGUCAACAAGUAUUAUCAACAGAAUUCGUUUAGAUGAUUUCCAAACAAGCACAAAAAUCGACGCCCUUAGGGAAGAAAUCAGAUUUAUGGUUGAAAGAGAUGGUUCUGCUAAAGGAAUUGUGUUCAGCCAGUUCACGUCAUUUCUUGAUCUCAUUAAAUAUUCUUUGGAAAAGAGUGGUGUGAAAUGUGUUCAGUUGGAUGGAUCAAUGAGUAUGUCUGCAAGAGAAAGUGUAAUUACAAGAUUUACAGAGGAUGGAGAGUGUAAAAUCUUUUUAAUGAGCUUAAAAGCGGGAGGUGUUGCUUUGAAUCUUACAGUUGCCUCACAUGUGUUUUUGAUGGACCCGUGGUGGAAUCCUGCGGUGGAGCAGCAAGCGCAGGAUAGAAUCCAUCGGAUAGGUCAAUACAAACCGAUUAGGGUUGUGAGGUUUGUGAUAGAGAAUACAAUUGAAGAGAGGAUUUUGAAUCUUCAAGAGAAGAAGAAAUUGGUGUUUGAGGGGACUGUUGGAGGGUGCAAUGAAGCUCUUGGAAGGUUGACUGAGGCUGAUAUGAGAUUUCUUUUUGCUAACUAGUUUGAUGUUUUAAAUGUUUUGAAGUUUGUUUACUUUUAUCAAUGUGUGGGCUUGUGGAAUAUAUAUUUAGCAGAAAGAACCAUCCUUUUUAAGUAAUCAAUCUAAGUUCUUUUGAAAAUUA